AUCGAACUUAAUGUGCACAAUGGUCUGGGAAAUAUGUACACAGAGGAGUUUCCGCUCAUGUAGCAGUCUAUGAGAGAGCUUGUGUAGAGCAAACCAACUCUGGCCCUUUAUUUUGGCGUUGAAAGCUUGGAACCAAUCGGGACUAUAGGCCACAGUAACUAUUCUUCUCGAAUUAAAGAUAUCCCCAACAUGUGGGGGACAAAGGCCACAGGUUAUAUCGUAAGAUUGGCGCUCUGCGUCGCGGUGAAGUCGUCCCUUGCCAUGGCGGUACCGGCAAGUGAGGAAGCCUGCAGGUUAUGUAAAUGCAGCAACGAAGGGCCGAAAGUGGUCGAUUGCACGCAGAAGGGUCUCACGGAACUACCGGCAGGGUUACCGAACGACACGCAAGUGCUCAACUUGGGUGGAAACGAAUUGACCAGGAUACCGUACGAUGCCUUGUUACAACUUGAAUCACUGAUAAUGCUGAACGUCACAAAGAAUCGCAUUUCAGCGCCAUUCGAAAUACCUGAAACUGUUAUUAUCCUAUUUGCGGGAGAAAACGACUUGCGAGACAUUAAGCCACUAGUGAAAAAUGGCGUCAACCUACAGGCAGUAGUUUUCAGAGAUAAUAACCUGCAAGUGAUAGAAACAGACACCUUCAAAAGAUGUCAAAAAUUAAUAAAGUUAGAUUUGGCCGCGAACAACAUAAGAGAAGUAAAACAAAGGGGUCUAGUGGGACCAUAUGGUAUGUCCAGUCUGAAAAUGGAAGGUAAUAAACUCACGACUUUGGGACCCGACGCUACGGAAGGCCUUCAAACCCAGCAACUAAUUCUUCACGACAAUAACUUGCAAGUUCUGAGGCCUCAUACUUUCGGAAAGGCAAGGAACUUAGGAAUAUUACAAAUGGACAGCUGCAAACUGGAGGAGGUCCCAGCCGGUCUUUUUGUCGAUCCUUCGGGGAAUCAUUACGAGAGAGACAUUGAUCGUCUUGACCUGGGAAGUAAUAAAAUAAAAGGUGUUUCUCCAGGGGCAUUUCAAGGUGUAACAAGCUUCAAUUCGCUACAACUGUCAUACAACAAUUUGAUCACUCUUCCGGAAGACACGUUUGCGGCCUCCAAACGCAUCGGCGUAUUGAUAUUAUCCAACAAUCAGCUUGUGUCUAGCGGCCUACCACACAAUCUGCUCAUCAACACAUCAAUAACUACAUCACUAGACAUUUCAUCCAAUCAGCUGACAACUUUUCCGGAGAAACUACUUCGGUCACAGCACAAACUCCAAAACCUGUACAUACAUCGCAACAAGAUCAGUUCUCUGAAUAGUGGAGCGUUCAAAGGCAUGGAGUCACUGAAAGAACUAACGAUGUUUGACAAUCCUAUCACCUAUUUACCAGAUUGGGUCUUCUAUGAGACGAAAUUGGUGAACUUAUACAUGUUUCAGACGAACCUUUCAGCCGUAGGAUCCAGACCUUUCGCAACCACAGGAAAAACUCUCCAGCAAGUAUCGCUGUAUGGCAGUAAAGUCGCCGAAGUUCCCGAUUCUGUUUGGCAAGACCUAGGCACCAACUGUUACACAGCCAUUGACAACUCUUUGCGGUUUGCACCAAUAUCAAACCGGACGGACCUGAAAAUAGAGCUAGUUGGUGACGGUUUCGCCCAGCCGAUGGAUGUAACGAAGGUUGUUGCCAGAGUACUGUGCAGGUCGGGCUUCCAGUGCCGCCGGGCUCAAAAAUACCUCUGGCAAUGUACACCAUGCCCACAAGGGCACUACGGUACUUACUGGACUGACCUCAAUUAUGAAAAGUGUCUCCCUUGUCCAGCAGGAGGGUUUUACCAAAGCAAGACAGGGCAAAUUGCUGGCAAAUCCAAAUCAAUCAACUGUCAAAAGUGCAACAACGGAACUUAUGUCACCCCAGCUGCCCACCCUGGCAUCAGUCCUGCAGACUGCGUUGUGUGUCCUACGGGAACCAAAAAGAACCUUCAUGCGGGUUUUCGUGCAUGUUCAUGUGUGGAUAAUUACUACCGCAAGGAUCGCUUCGGGGAGUGCUACCUGUGUCCAGCAGAGGGACUGAACUGCACAGGGGAGUACCAGCACCUCCUGCCCGGAUUCUGGUGGACUUGGGAUUGGGGUUCGGACGGAAACUUUCGAUCCUAUGAGCAGUUUGUCAAAAAUCUGCGCACAAUACCACCGACAAAAGACCACUGGACCGAGAGGUUUUUUGGCGCGCUUCCGCGAGUGCACCCUUGCCCGCGUGCAGAGUCUUGCGUGAAUAACGGGGACAGCAUCAGACCGACUUGUGAUGACGGCUACGAGGGGUGGCUUUGCUCCGAGUGCCAGAAGGGGUACUAUUCCUGGUUCGAUCGCUGCUUCCAUUGCCCGACCCUAGGGAUGUUCCUGCUGGAAGUGGCGGCAGUCGCUGCUCUUAUUGCACUGGUGAUCACUUUAGUUGUCUGGGACUUACGUAAGAACAGCCGGACGAGCCGGUCUGUCAUCAGUCUCAUUCUGGCCAGAUUUAAAAUCAUGCUGGGUUUUUACCAGGUAAUGGGUGAGAUAUUCUCGGACCUGGAUGAAAUUCCUUGGCCAGGAACCUUGAAGGAUAUUGGUUCCUUUGUGAAACUCCUAGAGGUGAACGUCAUGCAGUUGAUCGUCAGUCCACGUUGCUACCUUCCCGAUUUCACUUAUCCAAAUAUAUACAUCGAGUUUGUGGCUGGGCUAGGCUUUCUUGUGGGCGUUGUAUUUGCAGCAUGGAGCUUCUAUAUUCUCGCCGUCUGCAGCUUACUGGUCAAGAAAACAACCGUUUCCAGGCGCAAGGAGGUUCUGGCAACUGCCAGGCAGAGGUGUUACUUAUUUGUUGUCAUGCUGCUCUUUGUGUCCUAUCCCAGUUUGUCCAGUGUUAUUUUCACCCUCUUGCCAUCCGGCUGUGACCUCUUUUAUCUGGAUGAGAACGACGUAUUUAACACCACGAGGCUUCGGUCAGAUUUCUCCAUCGACUGCACCACGGAGCAGCACGUUCACUUCACUCAAGCUGCCAGGGUGAGUCUCUCGUAUGUCGCUGGCUUCCCGCUGGUGUUGCUCCUGUUGCUUUGGAGGAGUAACAGACAAAAGAAGAGUGUGGGCAUCUGGAGUGGAGAAAGUGGAAGAAGGGGAAGUACGUCAUCUAACACCCAAAUGGAAUCUGUGGAGCAGAGUUUGUGUCGUUUGCCCGGGCAGGCUACGGGUAAUCACAGCAUCAACGCGUACAACGAGCAGUUGAUGGAUGGCGGCAGUGCCCCGUGGCGUGCACCGGACACCCCGCAUAGCUCUGCCGAAGGGCAAGGCCACGAGAAGAUCAGCUGGAAGACCUUCUUGUGCGAAAAUUACAAGCCCCAGUUCUGGUACUGGGAAGUAGUCGAGCUCGUCCGCAAGAUCGUCCAGACACUGUUCGUGCUACUCUACGGGCCGGACGACCAUUUUACCAUGUUCGCCACCAUCGCAAUAUCUGUCGGGUUCCUUCUCAUCCACGCCUACGUCCGGCCCAUGAAGGACGCCGCGGAGCACCGUCUACAGAUGUGCUCUCUUGGUGCCAUCUUCCUCAACCUGUUGGCGGCCUCUCUGCUCCUGUUACCAACUGAUGAGCAUAGCCAGUCUAAAGAGGAAAGGAAGGGUGCCCUCGCAGUCUUCCUGAUUCUGCUGAAUCUCAGUAUCGUUGUUUUUGUCGCAGGAAGUCUCGUUUGGGGUGGAGUGAAGGCCCUGUGGAGGUGCGGAUGUUGCAGCCGCACGCUGACUGGACUCCGCUGGUGUUUGCUUCAACGGCGUGGAUCUAACGAAAACAGAGACCUUGACAGCAGCGGAGAGAGCACGUCACUGGUGCCAGGCCCAGAGUACUUGCAGAGGCCGUACGGGGAAAUCAUUGCCGAGCGCAGUUGAGUACCAGGCAUCUGAUGCUUUUCAGUGCCCAUUUAUUAGUGAAUGGUGCUCGUCAUUCGGUGCUUUUGCCCCACAAGAAAACAACUAGUAAAGGUCGUUCGAGCUUUUACUCCUGAUUUCUCGUUGAAGGUUAAAAUAUUAAAAUUGGAGGAUUAAGGGUGGUUAGUAUAAAUUGUUAAUGAAUUAUGACACAGCAUAGCAUAAACAAUUUAAAUCGAUAAUAACGUGAGAUAAUUAUGGCGUGUGUAUAUGGCACAUUUCAAAUCCCGACGGACUCUCGAUGCGCUUAUACAUCGUAUCAGCCUGCUGACUGGGCCCACACCAACAGUCAUAUAAACCAUCUGAACUCCCUAAGAGAAAACAACCAUCGGUGUAACGGAUAGUUUUAUAUAAUUCCAGAGGGUAUACAAAAAUACGGGAAAAUAGCUGUCGUCAUUUUAAUCGACAAAAGAAAGGUCUAUAAGCCUGCACGCAACGAAUCCCUACUAAACCCGAUCACCAUUUGAAAGUACUCGACGAAAGGAUCGUUUUUAUUCGAAUUACGCAAUUAUUAAUUAUUUGAAGUUCAAACUUUUCUUGUGCCCAUUAGGUCUUAGGACAGUGAUGUUUUGUUUCUAUACAAACUUUAACAAUUUUGAAAAGAAAAGCUUCAGACGUUUGAAGGCUGAAAAAUACUAGACUUGACAUCUGUUUUUAUCUGUUCCUUAUUCCUAUCCAUUGAAAAGGUUCAAGGAAAUGAACACGAAUUCCUCAGUCAAUCUCUGUAAAAUUGAUUUGAAUUCUACACAAUGUGUUUUAUGCUUAAAGAUGUAAUUGUUGUGAUCGGGAAGUGAUCUCAAAAUUCAGUUGAGGCCAAAAUAAAAGCCAAAAUUUAAGAAAAAACUACGGCUCUAAUAACCCUCAUAUUAAGAGAAAUUUCAUUUAAAAGCUUUUUUCAAUACUUGUUUUAACGUCUUUAAGUGUAUACUUUACUUGCUUAACGGUACAAAUAUGACAGUUAUUGCUCAGUGUAUAAGUCGUAAAUAAAUGUUGCGGUACGGUGACCUACA